AUCAUGAUUAGGGUCUUAUGCUUACAUAAAAUAUAGCUUUACCGAACGAAGUGAUGGCUUGUUGUUAGAAUGGCCUCUGUUUGUUUGCGAAAGACGGGAUGGCUGUAUCGCACCUGAAAGAUUUCCCGCGACUCUCGCAGAAACUUCUCUUCACGUUCUCUCUGGCGGUUGUCUUUGCCUCUUUCUACUUCAUCCUCUCCGGCUGCUGUGACACCGGUCUGAAUGACACUGCAAGGCACUUAAAACACUCAUCGCAGGUUUUGCGUUGGACAGAAUUAAUCAGCAAAAAAAAUACUUAUUUUGGCAAUAAGGAUUUGAUUGAAGUGCGCGCAACACCCACAGCCAUCAUAACAGGUGAACCAAGUGUGCACGGGAUCACUCCCAGCAAGGAGUGGACCGCGACCCGGAGACUCCCGCAAGCCAUCAUCAUAGGGGUAAAGAAAGGCGGAACACGAGCGCUUUUGGAAUUUCUACGACUUCACCCAGACAUUCGCGCGCUUGGCUCGGAGCCUCACUUUUUUGACAGGCAUUACGCACGAGGGUUGAAUUGGUACAGGAGCCUGAUGCCUAGAGCCCUGGAGGGCCAGGUGGUUCUGGAGAAGACCCCCCGGUACUUUGUGACCUCAGAGAGCCCCGCCCGAGUCUGGUCCAUGUCUCCGGGGGUCAAGCUGAUCGUGGUGGUCCGUGACCCCGUGACCCGGGCGGUCUCCGACUACACCCAGAUCCUCUCCAAGACUCCCAGGGUACCCAGCUUUGAGGCCCUCGCCUUCCGGAACAGGACCGAGGGGGAGGAGUCCCGGAGGGGGCAAACGGAGGAGGCCAGAGGCAAAAUAGGGGAGGUGGACUCCCAUUGGAGCCCAAUCUGGAUCGGACUGUACGCCCAGCACCUGGAGCGCUGGCUGGCAUGGUUCCCCAGGGCCCAGAUCCACCUGGUCAGUGGGGAGAAGCUCAUCUCCGACCCGGCCGGGGAAGUAGGAAAGGUCCAGGACUUCCUAGGCCUUCAGAGGAUCAUCACGGACAAGCACUUCUACUUCAACAAGACUAAGGGCUUCCCCUGUCUCAAGAAGCCAGAGGGGAGUAGCCAGCCUCACUGCCUGGGGAGGACCAAGGGCCGGCCACACGUCCAAAUCCAUCCCCAGGCCCUGCACAGCCUCAAACUCUUCUACAGGCCCCACAACCAGCGCUUCUACCAGAUGGCUGGCCAGGACUUUGGCUGGUACUAGCCUCCUACUCUCCAGGCCUAAGCAGUAUCGAUAACCACUGACUGUAUUUUUGUCUUCAUCUUGAACAACAAUGCUACCAUUAGACCAUUAGGACUCCCACGUGCAGAUGUAUAGGGUUGUUAAUUUCUCAGAGCAUGGUUCCAAACCACCUAUGCUACACUGUAAGACUAAGACACAACACUCUGUUAGGUCAUUUUCUGGUUAAAGCAACUUUUAUUAAUGUUAUUGUCUUAACAGUCUUAAUGUCAUUUGAUCCUAAUGCAGAUGAAGCCGCUCUUACAAAAAACACAAGCACACUUUGUUGUAGAUUGACGUGUUUGGCAGUAACAAUCAAGGGCCAUGAUGGGAGAUUGAUGUUGUUAUGCUGUAAUACCAUUUUAGUCCACAUGAGGGCACCAACGUCAUUACAGUUACAUACCACUGCAUCCCAGCACUGUUUUACAGCAAGUGAUUACAACUUCAGUUUACUAGGGGGCAGUCUUACACCCUUGAUAUGUACUUUGGCUUGGCGUAGACUCAUUUCCAAAACUGUUUUCAUCAAAAAAGUAAUUAAAAUGGAAUCUAUGU